AAGAAAAAAAUCUUUUUAUCAAAAAUGUCACAAAGACCACCUGCCCCAUCAAGUAAAAAUAAUGAUUUCUAUAUUUUAAGAUCAACCUCCUUAACAACCAUAAGCACCAUAAUAUGCACCAUAAUUUGCUCCAUAAUAUGCUCCUGCACCAUCAUAUGCCCCUGCACCAUAAUUUGCUCCAUAAUAUGCCCCAGCACCAUAAUUUGCUCCAUAAUACGCCCCUGCACCAUUAGCCACAUAUCCAGCUUAAUUAGCUCCAACUACAUAUGCCCCUUCAUAUGCUCCUGUUGCUCCAUUAACAUACAGUGUUGCUAGACCAGCUGCUCCAGUUGUUGCUUAACCAAUGGUUGCUUAACCAGUUGUAUAAGCCCCAGUUUUACAAUAAUCAGUUAUUGCCUAACCAGUCGUUUAACAAUCAGUUCAUGUAAAAAAAAAAUUCAAAUUUAAAUUAGGCAACAAUCAAAGGAGAAUCCAGAAUUGAAUAUGUUCCUUACUAAAAAGCUGUUAUGGAAUAUGAAGAAUAAGAAGUCGUUUAAUAUGUCCCAAGAGAAAGAAAGGUGACAGAUUAUUAUGCAGUCGAAUAUUAAACAGAAUACGUCCCAUAAGUAUUUUAAGAAAAAUACACAGGUAUUCUCUUAUCAUUAUAAAUUAUUAGAAUACGUCCCAGUCGACAGAUAUUAAGAAAGAGUUGAAUACUAUCCAGUUGAAAGAUAAGUCGUUCAUGUACUUUUUCCAUUUAUUCAUUUAUAGUAAUAAGUUGUUUAACAACCAGUCGUUUAAUAAGUUGUUUAAUAACCAGUUGUAUAAUAAGUGGUCUAAUAACCAGUUGUUUAAACUGUUGCACCAUAACCAGUUGUUUAAUAAUUUGUACAAUAACCAGUCAGUGUUGUUUAACCAGUAUAAACAUAUCCAGUCUAAUAUGCUCCUCCUCAAAUCGUUUCAUCAAGAGUGAUUCCUUCUUAUCCAACAUAUCCAUAAUCAUAUCCUUAAUAUUAACCUGCACCAUAAUAAUAAUAAGUUUAAUAAUAACCCCCAAGAUCAAAUUUGAACAAUAACAUAUGAUAAAUAAUAAGUACAUCA